GGAAGGCUUGGAGUGAUUCUGGAAACUUAAGGAGACACAUGAGAAAAACUCACCCAGGAGAAGAGAUGGUUGUUAAGAGGCUCGCCAAUCAGAGGAGCAACCCUACAGGAAAUGUGGAGGAAAUUAAUGUGGAUUCAAUGAAAUGGGAGGAGCAGGGAACGUCUUGGUCACUCCAACCGAAAGAGGACAUUAGAGGGAUACAGGAGGAUGGUAGCGGUGCACCCGUGAGUCCCAGCCAGGCUGAUGAUGAUGAUGUGGACUGCAACGUUGAGGACAGGGAUUGGUUGCCUAGCAUCGGACUGAAGGCGGAGCCCAUGAGUCCCAGCCAAUCCGAUGAUGGUGAUGACGCUGCAGACUGCAAAGAAGAAUGGAACGAAGAGGGAGGCGCUAGUUUGCCUAGCAACAGAUUGGAGGCGGAGUCAGCUCCAGAGAGGCACACAGCAGAAAAGAGGGAGAGUGGCGACAAGCCUCCCCGGCCCCCCUCCAGCCUCCCAGAGUCCCCGGGUCCUGCCUCUCCCAGUAGUGCCUUACUGUGGGGUCUGAAGACGGUGUCUGUGCGGCUGGUCGACUGCAGGAAAACACCGGGGCAGAGUGGCCAUAUAAUACACAAGACAACACAGACAGGAGAGAAACCCCACAGCUCGUCUAAUGCUGGACAACACAAAACCCUCUCAGGAGACAGGCCUAGCUCCCAUAUCUGUGAUCACUGUGGGAAGAAUUUUGUCACAGCUACCAAUCUGAAAACACAUUUACUGUAUCUGACUGGAGAGAAACCACACGUGUGCUCUGAAUGCGGAAAGAGAUUCACACAGGCCGGCUGUCUUAAGAGACACCUGAGAACUCAUACGGGGGAGAAACCGUACGUCUGCCCUCGUUGUGGGAAGGCUUGGAGUGAUUCUGGAAACUUAAAGAGACACAUGAGAAGUCAUACUGUUAAACAACACACAGUUAAACCUCACCACUGCUUGGAUUGUGGGAAGCAAUUCAUUGUAAAAUCAAGCCUUAAACAUCACCGGCUUGUUUUUCAUACAGACCACCCUCACCGCUGUGGUCAAUGUAAGAAGAGCUUCAUAACUGCAGAAAGACUGGAAUCACACAUAAAGACACAACACCCGCCAAAUGAUCCUCUGAAGAACCCACAUGUGUGCUCUGAAUGUGGAAAGGGAUUCCAUCAGGCCGGCUGUCUUAAGAGACACCUGAGAACUCAUACAGGGGAGAAACCCUACAUCUGCCCUCUUUGUGGGAAGGCUUGGAGUGAUUCUGGAAACUUAAGGAGACACAUGAAAAGAACUCACCCACCACACAAUCAGAUAAUCCCUAAUCCCUACCCACAUCAGACUCAAUUGUAA